CGUCGAACCACGAAUCGUCUCACAGCGAUUGCGCCCCUAUGAGCUUCCUCUCAACGUGAAUGUGUCACGCAAUUUGGGUCUCGGGAGUGAUCCGGCACCCAUCCUCCGCCGGCAGUCGUCAAAUCACUAAUUGUCUGGCAGCCCCCUUUUCCCCUCCUCCAAAGGACUCACAAUCCCUCAUGUCUAUACCGGCAACUCGUACUGCCGAGAACCGGUCUCGUUGACCAAGGUAUACUGUACGCGCACCAGCUUUCAUUGGUAAUGUCUGCCUCAAAUGAACACGCCGGUCAAGGGCGGUGGCUUGCAACGCAAGCGUCACUAGUACAGAUAAAAGGGACGAGGAUUCCAGCCAGCACACUGGCUCUGCUCACGACUCCUUUCACAACAUGUCGGACAAUCACGUCUCCGUGACUGAGUCAAGAGUCACAGUGAGGGCGCUGUAUGACGGGUGGCCCCUUGGCGUUAUCGUCUGGCAGCCCGGCAAGCAGAGGGAUCAGCUCGCACAAGAUGCAGCAAAGUCCGUCAUCCUUCUCGCUCCAGCUACCGGCGUUCCUUGCAAGCUGUUCAAGCACUUUGCUGCGUUCUUGUGCAGCUAUGGUCACACUGUACUGGCAUUCGACUAUCGCAUGACCGGAAGCUCGUUCCCUGCGUCGUACGCCGCAGGGCCAACAGGUUUAAGCACUUCCAUUCCUGAGACAAACGCGGACGCAUCAAGUUUCGAAUCCGUGGCAGCGCUCGAGACUUGUCUCAAAGCUCAUCGACAUCAAGCGACAUACGAGCACAUAGGUCGCAGAGACUACCCUGCCGUCCUGCUGCAUGCGUGGAAAGAGCAUUGCAUAGUCGAGCCGACUAGACGUAGAGAGCUGUGCAUCGUCGGUCAUUCGCUUGGUGGAUCCAUCUUACCUUUGGCAUUGGACGAGCUCAAAGUUGGACCUCAUGCUCUGCAAGACUUUAAAAUUUCUCGCGUCUUGGCCGUCGGAUCUUCGAGCGGAUGGUGGGGCUACUCUCCCACAGCAGACCUUUCCAGAGAAGCAGGUCAGUUCAUAGUGCAAGAGUCUCACAAAGAAGGUUUUGCGAACCUCAAGAAAUGGGGUUUAGGAAAUCCCAUCACUUUGGCACAAGUGAAUGAUUGGCUAGGAAUGAUCGUCGAGUCUCCGUCUUGGUACGGCGCAUACGAGGGAGAUUCGGGCUGGCAACGAGCAGUGCAGCAUUACGAUCUUCCGGUCUUGUCCAUCCUCUUCAGCGAUGAUGAGCUGAUAGGCAAUGGCUCGGCUCGUCGAGUCGACGCCAUCUUGAGACCUUUAGGCCAUAAUGCUUCUCUGGUUGAGAGUGCUCGGGAGAAGGCUUACUGGGAGGCCGGAGGAGAGGAAGAUCCGGUUGGAGCCACAGCAUACAAGAGCGGUUCUCCACCUGAUCCAGAAUCUGUCGGACGCUCUCCGAACGCCUCCACCUUGACGCGUAUACACUUGGACGUCAACCAUAAUGGUUGGGUUCGAGGGUCUUCGCAAGUCGAUGCGAAGGAGCAGGAGCAGCUGCCAUCCCACAUAGGACACAUAGACUGGAUUCGUAAAGAAGUCGGAACUUCUUCCGCCUCCAGAGAGAUAUGGGAAAUGUGCAGAGCUUGGUUGGACGAGCGAGCGACGGUACCUAGUCGUUCGAGUCGCAUCUACGGCGGUUGUGGAGGCAGGCUGGAUUUUGGUCCUAAGAGUGACAGGGCCAUCUACACUCCGCAUCCUAUCUACGCAACUACGUCUGCGAAGGCGAAAAUCUGACGGUAGGAGACGAAGGUGCGUGGUCACAACUGGCGCGCGUGGCCUGUAUGGUGGGUCUUGACACUUUGCCGAGGACGCAAUCAGUAGCAUCCGCCAUUAACGCUGUGAGGGCUACUCUACUGCCCCGCUCUAGUGUCAGUGUGAGCUACCCGUCACGGUGACUGCAUCACGUAGUGUCUCACACCCAAACCAUGCAGACUGUUUGCGCCAAAUUUGCUGAGCCCCAAGAUCGUUGUGACAUUGUGAUUGAAGCAGCAAAGAGACCUCAG